AUGUCUGGCUUUGGCGGCGGCCAACCUGACAAGGGACAGCUCCUCAGCGGCAUCUGGCAUUGCGACUGCAACCCUCGAAUACCCGCAAUACAUCUGGAAACCAAGAAACCAGGUGUCAAUCACGGCAGAUGGUUUCGCACCUGCGCUAAGCCCAGAGAAGGGAAGUGCAGAUUCUUCCUUUGGGACAGCGAUGCCGAAGCACGCGAGAACAGUGCGGCUCCUCCCACGCCGAAUCGCAAGCGAAGACGGUCCGUCAGUGGUAGUAUCAAUGACGCAUACCGCUCUACACAGGGCGACGAUGAUGAUAUGAAUGAAACCGCGAGCACGACCGAGACACCAAGCAAACCCGCCCCAGCCAACAGCUUCAUCACUCCGGCCACAAAAAGACGCAAUCUCCCUUGGGGUGUGGAUCACAGCAGUGUGACGGCUGCUCAUGGGCUUCAAACGCCUCAAACAGAACGCAAAGCCCCAGGGGAUCCCUUUCCCUCAAGCAAUCCAACGCCAACGAGCAGCAUCUUAACCGCAUCGCAAGCCACUGAGGAUGAUGCCCACCGAUUUGCAACCCCGUAUACUUCCUUUGACAGGGCACCGGCUCUGAACCGCCACAGAAACGCAGUAAACGAAGAUCUAGUCAAUGAUGUAUUGGGACUACUCCGAGAAUCCAGUGUCCGCCUGCCCGAUCACACUGAGAAGGGGCUUCGGACCUUCUUGAAAAGACACGCAAAGACUACCGAAGGCUACAAAAGAGGUCGCGAUGUGAUGCGGGCUACAGUCAAGGCAAAGGAUGCCAGGAUCGCCGAGCUCACAUAUCGAAUCGGCACACUGGAGGCUGAACUGGAGGCUGAGAAGGCCAUGGUGAAACAUUUAGAAUGGGAAGCACAGAGCGAUGCUUCAGGUUUUGAUUGA